UCCACCCUUCCUCCCACUUUCUUCCAACCGUCGUUUGUCUGCAACAAACGAAUUCUCCCUUCCAAACAACAAACGGCAAAUCCAACGACAAUGCGCCCAACCACCCGACAGGAAGUCCUCGCGCGUUUGCGCAAGACCAUCGCCGACGGCGCCAUCAUCGUCGGCGCCGGAGCUGGAAUCGGGCUCUCCGCCAAAUUCAUCGAAAAAGGCGGCGCCGACCUGAUCCUGGUCUACAACUCAGGCCGGUUCCGCAUGGCGGGCCGGGGGUCGUUGGCGGGCAUGAUGCCCUACUCCGAUGCCAACGCGGUCGUAGUCGACAUGGCCUCCGAAGUCCUCCCGAUCGUCGAAAACGCCCCCGUCCUAGCAGGAGUCUGCGGCACCGACCCCUUCCGCGACAUGCGGGCCUUCCUGCAGCACCUGCGCACCCUGGGCUUCGUGGGGGUCCAGAACUUCCCGACGGUCGGCCUCAUCGACGGGAGAUUCCGGGCCAAUCUCGAGGAGACGGGGAUGGGGUACGAGCGCGAGGUGGCGAUGAUCCGGCUGGCGCACGAGCUGGACCUGGUGACGACGCCGUACGUGUUCAACGUGGACGAGGGCGAGCGCAUGGCGCGCGCGGGCGCCGACGUGAUUGUCGUGCAUCUGGGGCUGACGACGUCCGGGACGAUCGGGGCGCAGACGAGUUUAUCGUUGGAUGAGAGUAUUCACGUCAUUCAGGAGGUGCGGGAUGCGGUCGUGAAGAUCAAUGCGGAGGUCAUUGUGUUGUGCCAUGGGGGCCCGGUGGCCAGUCCGGAGGAUGCGCAGUAUGUCUUGGGAAGAGUGAGGGGCGUGCAUGGGUUCUUUGGGGCCAGCAGUAUGGAGCGGUUGCCGGUGGAGAGGGCGAUUGAGGAGAAUGCGAGGCGGUUUAAGGGGGUGAAGUUGGGGUGAGUAGCUCUUAGUUAGUGGAUGGCUUUGUUGUUGAGUGUAAUGUGCCUGCUGUAGGUAUGUAUGGCGGUAUAAUUUGAUGUAUGGGGUGGAGGAUGG